UUUAUUAGGGAGAAGCUGGAAACCAUUUGGCCUGAAUGUGUAGAAAAAAAAAAAAAAAAAAUCCUUCUUGGAAACUCUCUCAUGGCCGCUAAAUCCCCAAGAUCAAGACAAGAAAGGGAACGGCAAAGGAACAAACAAAACAAGCCAUGAAUCGGUCAUUUGGCAAUCGACGAGUUCUUCCAAAUUGAAGGAUUGGAGCCCUGUCUUGACAUUUCUUCUUAACCUCUUUGCUUCCCCCGAUUCCCCUUUCCAGAUUGCCCAGGAGAUUUCCAAAAAUAGCUGCAUCCUCUUUUCCUAAAAUCAUUUUGAGCGAAACCGAAAUCCCUCCUUUUGCCGAAAAUCGAAAGAAUCUGGAUUGUUGGAGAGAAAUCCGUCUGUUAUUAUGGAGAGGAUGGAGAAGUGGAGGUUGAGGUUGGAUUCCUUUCUGCUGUUGCUGAUUCCUUUCUCGUGCUGGAGGCUGUGCGUCUGCGAUUCUAUCGAGGCCGAAGGGAGGGCUCUUUUGAGCUUCAGGGAGGGGGUAGAGGUGGAUCCCUAUGGUGCUCUUUCUAACUGGGGAAAAAGUGGGGUCGAUCACUGCUUCUGGUUUGGAGUAGAAUGCUCUGAUGACGGGAGAGCAGUUUCUCUGGACUUGAGAGAUCUUUUUCUUCAAGGGAAACUUACUUCAGAGCUUGCGAGGCUUAUUCACUUGAAGUCACUUAUUCUGCACAAUAAUUCAUUUUCUGGAAGCAUGCCUAGAGAAAUCAGUAAAUUGCUGAAGCUAGAAGUAUUGGACUUGGGACACAAUAAUCUCAGUGGACCAUUUCCGCAUUUCCUUCUUGGAAUUGUAUCGCUAAAACUAGUCGUCCUCACAAAUAACCGGUUCGUAAAAGAUAUCUCACCAAAGCUUUUGGAGUUCAAUUUGCUUUCUGAGCUUCAUGGAGAUGAAGAGAUGUCAUCUUCAAAUAAGGGAUCUGUUAUCAGGAAUAUUGAGAAUCCAUCCACACGUAGACUUCUGCAACAAAUAAGCAAAAACAAAGUAAAACCACAAAAGCAUGGAGGGCGUCGCAACAGUAGCAUUACAUCUGCUCCAUCAACUUCUCCGAUGACUUCUCCAUCACCAUCUCCUAAGCCUUCAGAAUCAAAAUACCAGUCUUCAUUGGUAUCCCCAUCUUCCCAUUCCCAUUUAGCAGCAGCUCCUUCACCUGGAAUUGGGGAGAGUCGACGACCAGUCUAUAUUACAGUUGGAGCUGGAGCCUUUGCACUUUUUUCUUUAUCUUCAAUGUACUUCAUCUGCUGUCGAACCAUCAAGGUUGAUAAUGCCAGUCCUUGGAAAAUUGGCUUAAGUGGGAAAUUGCAGAAAGCACUAGUUACUGGUGUACCAUCAUUGGAGAGGUCCGAGCUUCAAACAGCUUGUGAAGAAUUUAGCAAUGUUAUUGAUACUUUAUCAGAUUGCACAAUAUACAAAGGAACACUGUCAAGUGGAGUUGAAAUAGCAGUGAGCUCCACUAUGAUCAAGAUGGCAAAAGAUUGGUCAGAUCAAUCUGAAGCUCUGUUCAGAAAUAAGAUCUCAGUUCUGUCCACAGUAAACCACAAGAACUUUCUGAACCUUAUCGGCUUUUGUGUGGAACAAGAACCUUUCACCCGAAUGAUGGUGUAUGAGUAUGCUCCAAAUGGUACUCUUUUUGAGCACCUUCACAUAAAAGAAGCAGAGCCCUUAGAUUGGACAACUCGAUUACGCAUAGCCAUGGGAAUAUCAUAUUGCCUGGAGCACUUUCUUCGGCUGGACCCUCCUGUCAGUUUUAGAGCUUUGAACUCAUCAACCAUUUACCUUACGGAAGACUAUGCUGCCAAGGUAUCGGAUCUCUCAUUCUGGAAUGAAGAAAAUGAAGCCACUUCAUCCGAUCAAAGCUCAGACGACUUGCAGUCGCCAUUAUCAAAUCAGGACAUUGUGUAUAAGUUUGGAAUAAUACUCCUGGAACUUAUAUCUGGAAGAUUACCUUUUUCCAAGGAUGAUGGCCUGCUUGUGCUUUGGGCCUCAAGCCACUUAACAGGGAAGAGACCCCUUCAUGGCAUACUUGAUCAAACCAUCGAAUCCUUAAGCGAGGAAGAUAUAAGCCCUCUUUGUCAGGUAAUUCAAUCCUGUGUGACUCCUCAACCAAGUGGAAGACCAAAAAUGGGGGAUGUUGUUGCACAGCUGAGAGAGAUAACAGGGAUUUCUCCAGAUGCAGCAAGUCCAAAGCUUUCCCCUCUCUGGUGGGCAGAGCUGGAGAUCAUUUCUUAAGCGGCUAUCGAGGUGUAAAUUAGCAAUAAUCAUCCUCUGCUAAUUUGUGGAAUUUUUUUUUUUGUGUGUGAUGGAGUGGAUGAAUUUGUUCAUAGUGAGAAGGCAAUGGAAUGCUUGUGUUCUUCGAGAGGAGAUCUGUCAUAUUUGUACAAUAAAAAGAUGAAUAAAUUUUUUGAUUUAGAUUGUUGCAAUUAAA